CGCUCUCCGGCGCGGCGUGGAGGAGGCGGCCCUGCAGGUGCAUUCCCGGGGUGCCGACGCAUGCGGGGCUUCCUGUGAGCUGAGUUCCCCCCGCGCAUCUUCAGGCCUUUGUAAGUUGUCAAAUUUCCCACCGGCCCAGCUAAUCGAGCCUCCUCCCAGCUGUGAACAGGAGAGCCUGUUACCUAAUUCUUGCCGAAAUUGUUCUGACUGCUGGCGUUCUGCAAGGUGGAGCCAGGAGGAGAGCCCCCAGGUGCCAAGGAGAGCAGUACCCUGAUGGAGGCCCUUGCAGUUGUGAAGGCUGCUUUCCUGGCGCAGGCCCCAAGUGGCAGCCGAUCAGCUGAGGCGCAGGCAGCUCGGAGUACGGAGCCUGCACCAGAGCCAGGCGCUCCCGAGGGAGAGGGCCACAGAGGGGGGCCUCCCCGGGCGCUGGGGUCUCUUGGCCUUUGUGAAAACGAGGAAGCCAGACAGAGGCCCAGAGGUUCCCCUCGAGGUCCGGUCAUUUCUGAGAAAACUGGAGGACAGAGUGGCCGCGAGUCAGACGUCCCUCCGAACUUAGGCCCAGGAGCAGAGGGCAGGGGCGGCUGCAAGGGGCGGCCUUUCCCGUGCAGCGCCUGUGGCCGCAGCUUCAAGUGCUCCUCGGACGCCGCGAAGCACCGGAGCAUCCACUCCGGGGAGAAGCCGUACGAGUGCAGCGACUGCGGGAAGGCCUUCAUCCACAGCUCGCACGUGGUCCGACACCAGCGGGCGCACAGCGGGGAGAGGCCCUAUGCGUGCGCCGAGUGCGGCAAGGCCUUCAGCCAGAGCUUCAACCUCCUCCGGCACCAGCGCGUGCACACGGGCGAGAAGCCCUAC